AUGACCAGAGUCUCUCUCGGGGUGUCUAGACCAUUAAGUUUCCUGGCGAAACUCAGCGACUGUGUCAUCCGCUUCGAAGGCAUCCGAUUCAAUGAUCCUUUCGAUGGAAACUUCGAACGCCGCCAAUUACAACUUGAUAUCGCUAAAGUCCGCCUUUGCAGAUUGGGCAAGGCCAUCGACCGCGAUCGGGAGAACGACUCCGUUGACGAGUCGGGCCCCACCUCGCAGGAAGCAAACGCCACUCUCGACGAGCUGCUAUGGGCCAUCGAAGAAUCGCGGAACAAAUCAAAGCGACGCGAGACAAGGACCACACCGGGAACGCCCUUAGCCUUGAGAGGCCAGGUGUACAAGGACUUGCAUGACUGGCUUGUGAAGAUGACUCCUCGAACGCCAAUGUCGCAUAGCACUACGGGGAACGAAAUGUGGGCUCUAUACCUGGACUCAGACGCUCAGAGACUUCGCGUUGAGAUCACGGACCAUCUUGACGACCUCGAGAAGCUGUUCCCUGUGGACAAGAUUCUCCUUGAACUCGCACAAUCGGCGGUCGACACUCUGGAGAAUCAGCCGGACAUGUUGAAGCUAUUAGCGGCCACCGCUGCCGAUACUGACAAAGUCCUCUCUAAGGCUGCCCUGAACAAGCUUGGCAACCUUUCCGGUCGAAAUCUUGUGGGAGAGAUCAACAGGGAUGAGUCGGCAAGUGUACAUAUCGGAAACACAUGGGCCGAGGAUGCGAAAAGACAUGCGCAAGAAGGACGGUUUGAGAACAUGAUAAACUCGGCAGGCCUCAUCACGGCGAAGGGGGCAUCCGUGGUGCAAGUGGGAAAUCGGUACGGUGAGCCGAGUAUAUUUAGGAACUAG